AUGGGUGGCUGUAUGCACAGUAUCCAGGACCAGGCACUCCAUUCAGAAGGGGAGGCCAUUCCUUCUGCAGCCCCAACAUCCACAGUAGCACCUAGGAAAAUGCCCAAAAGCAUUUCAAUAUCGAAACAACUGACUUCAAUAAAAGCUCUGGGCAAGGGCUCAGAUCUGGAAAAAGCCAUCGCCACCACUGCUCUGAUUUUCAGAAACUUUUCUGACCCUGACGGUAAACUUGGAAAAGCUACUGCCAAAAAUCUGCUGCAAACCCAAUUUAGGAAUUUUACAGAGGGACAAGAAACUAAGCCAAAAUACAGAGAGAUCCUUUCUGAACUCGAUGAGCACACAGAAAAUAAGCUUGAUUUUGAGGACUUCAUGAUCUUGCUCUUAAGCAUCACUGUCAUGUCAGAUCUGCUACAAGAUAUAUGGAGUGCAAAAAUUAUGAAAUAA